AUGAAAGCCAAAAAGAUUGCAGUGAUUGGUGCUGGCGUCAGUGGAUUGGGUGCCAUUAAGUGCUGCUUGGAAGAGGGGCUGGAGCCUGUAUGCUUUGAAAAAUCCAAUGACAUCGGAGGACUGUGGAAAUACAAGCAAACAACUGAAAAUGGAAGCAUUGGGAUAUACAAGUCUUUGACUUGCAACACUUCGAAGGAGAUGAUGGCCUUUAGUGACUACCCUUUCCCUGAUCACUAUCCCAACUAUUUGCAUAAUACCAAAAUAAUGGAGUAUCUCAGACUGUAUGCCAACCACUUUCAUCUUUUGGAACACAUCCAGUUCCUGUCGAAGGUACGCAGUGUGAGGAAGAGCUCUGACUUUGCAACUUCUGGCAAGUGGGAUGUUGUGGUGGAAACCGAUCAGGAGUGGAAAACCUACGUCUUUGAUGGUAUCAUGGUUUGCAGCGGCUAUUACACUGAUCAGUGUUUGCCCUUACAUGAUUUUCCAGGGAUCAAGAACUUCAAAGGCGACUAUCUCCACACUUGGGCAUACAGGACUCCAGACAGUUUUUCAGGGAAGAGAGUUGUCGUGGUUGGCAUUGGGAAUUCCGGAGCAGACGUGGCUGUUGAGAUCAGCAGUGUUGCUGAACAGGUCUUCCUCAGCACACGGCGAGGGUCCUGGAUAUGGAACCGGGUUUGGGAUGGUGGAAACCCCAUUGACAGCGUACUGUUCACCCGUUAUAACGAACUAAUGCAUAAGUUACUGCCCGCAUUCAUGAUCAACAGGUGGGCAGAGAAUAAAUUGAAUGUAAGAUUUAACCAUGCCAAUUACGGACUCCAGCCUAAACAUAGGUUUCUUAAUUACCAGUCUACUUUCGGUGAUACUUUGCCCAAUAACAUCAUUUCUGGAAGAGUGCUGAUAAAACCCAACGUGACGAAGUUUACUGAGACAUCUGCCAUCUUUGAAGAUGGCACCGAAGAGAAAAUUGAUGUUGUGAUCUUUGCCACAGGAUCCACAUAUUCUUUCCCUUUCUUGGAGAAUGAAUUCAGCCAUGACUCCAGAUUUAAAUUUGUCUUCCCUCCUCAGUUAGAAAAGCCAACAUUAGCUUUCAUUGGCAUCUUCCAGCCUAUAGGAGCUACCAUUCCCACAUCAGAACUCCAGAGCCGAUGGGUUGUACGUGUGUUCAAGGGACUGAAAACAUUACCUUCCAUGACUGAGAUGAUGACUGACAUCACUAAGAAGAAACAGAAACUGCAAAAACAAUAUUUUGGCAGCAUAAGAAAUCAACAUCGCGUCGGGUAUGUCAGCUACAUGGAUGAAAUUGCCACCGAAUUAGGGGUCAAACCCAACCUACUGUCUAUUCUCUUCUGUGAUAUAAAGCUGGCUAAGGAAAUUUUCUAUGGGCCCUGCACCCCAUAUCAGUACCGUCUACAGGGGCCAGGGAAAUGGAGUGGGGCCCGAGAAGCCAUUCUCACACAAAGAGAACGGAUUCUCAAACCCAUGAAAACACGUGCAAUUGAACAGCCUGAGUCUUUCUGGUCAAAUCUGUUCCAUCUGUUUGGUGCCAAAGGUGUCUGUGUUGUCUUUUUUCUCUUCAUUUUCACUGUAGUUCUCAUACAAGUGAUUUACUCUUAA